AUGGCUGGACGACAAACAAGGGCGAGUGCAGAUGGUAGCCAACAGCCGCUGUAUGACAACACUGACAGGCAUACACCAAGGCAAGCCCAACAGCAAGGACUGUCUCCGCCGUACACGACGCGAAACUCCACCCAAGGCCAGACUGCACAACAGGGUAGCCAGGAUGAACUUAUGCCUGACGGGUUUGGGGGCAUGGAUAACAUGUUCCCGCAGGGUCCUACCUACAGCACCUCUGGAUUCUCGGCCAGGCCCAUGUUCGAUCAGGGCCAUUAUCCAAUCAGCUCCGCGCUCAUUGACGAAGUGCUAAGCGAAUUUAUCAUGAACUGUGCCAGAGACUUAUACCCUCGCAUGAGGAGUAGUUUGGAGGACCCAAGUGCAAAAGCCACACUGGUCGGCCUCAUGUCGACAAUGUUUCAAGCUGAGAUUAGCAACGGAGAGAGAGGUGGAACCAGUGAAAGCAACAACAGCGUCGGCAACGAGAACAGUACUUUCUGCACGUGA